ACGCAGGCGGGGGGCGGGUACGCGCACGUACGUCGGUGUGUGUGUGAGCGAGCGGGCGGGCGGCCGCGGGCUGGGGCUCGAGCACAGGCGAGGCCUGGCGCCGCCGCCUCCUCCUCAUCCUCACUCACCACCACCAUCACCAUCACCAUCAUCCCCCCGCCAGCCCAGCCCAGCCCCGCACACCGUGCCGUGUGUGUCUCUCCCUCACCCUCGCCAUGGCGUCCGACACCAGCGACGCCGAGGAAUUCUACGAUGCGGCCGAGGAGGUCAACAGCGGCCCGUCCCCCGCGGCGUCCCCAGCAAAGAUCAUUAUCUCGACCAAGGAGAAAAUAGACAAUGAAGCACAUCGGGACUUUUCAUUUGGACAGGAUCAUAAAGAUGAGGUUGCUGACCAAGCGGAGGAAGAGGAGCAGCAGAAAGGCAAGUUGAAAAGUGCAUCCUCAGAAACUAGUGGAGAGGACAGCAGCGUAAAGUCGGUUGGAGUUACAUUGACUGUUUUAGCUGAAGCUGAUCUGCUCAGCAAUAUUUCGGGGCUCUUGAACGUUGAUCAGCAAUUGUGUGCAAAGCCAAAGAGUUUGACAGAACAAAGCAGCUCGGAUGUAAAGCCUGAGAAGCCAGAGGUUCUGUCAGAGACGCAGACAACUCUGCCAUCUUCAGAAACUAUCUCAGCAGUGACGUUUAAUAAUGGAGAUACAACAUCAACAAAAGUUAGUACACCAUGUCCAGAGAACUCCUCUACGGACUGCAAUUCAUCUUCUCAACAGCCGUCAGAUAAAAGAGAGGAGGACAAAGGGGACAUUUUGGAGCAUAAUUCAGAAGAUCGUAUUGCCCUGGAUGAUGAGUUUGCAGCUGAACAGUUGCAGCGCCCCAAACUACCACGGCAAAUGAGCGCGGAACCGGACAUUGUGGCCAGCACCAAGAAACCCAUUCCCAUCCGACCUCCGCCACCAGGGUCAAGCAUUCCUCCUCCACGACCCCCACCACCUGUACGACCCGCACCUCCUCCUCGCAAGAAGAAGAGUGAAACCCCCUUAGAUGUGCACAACCCUUUGGGCAUAGAAGGUCCUCUAGAUCCUGAGGCAUCCAUUGGUCUGGUGAGUCCCACAUCGGCCAUCGAGAAUUUGACCAAAGAACUACAACAUUCUCUGGAUCUUGCUAGCGCGACCAGUGGAGACAAGGUUGUUACUGCACAGGAGAAUGGAAAGGGAGAAUCGGCAUCGGAUAAUCCAGAAGCUGAGGAGAUUGGACCACAAAGACCCCGGUCAAACUCGGGGCGGGAGCUGACUGACGAGGAAAUUCUGGCGAGUGUGAUGGUGAAGAACCUGGAUACUGGGGAAGAGAUCCCGCUCAAUAUGGCCGAGGAGAAACUCCCCAAAGGCCUCAACCCACUGACGUUACAUAUAAUGCGACGGACCAAGGAGUAUGUGAGUAAUGAUGCUGCACAGUCAGACGAUGAAGAAAAGAUUCAUCCCACACAGACUGAACCCGACGGCCACAAAAUCAAACAGAAAACCAAUCAACUGAAGAAAUUUUUGGGGAAAUCAGUGAAGAGAGCCAAGCAUCUUGCAGAAGAAUACGGUGAGAAAGCUGUCAAUAAAGUCAAGAGUGUUCGUGAUGAAGUGUUCCACAUGGAUCAAGAUGAUGCCUCUUCCAGUGACGAUGAGGGAAUGCCGUACACCAGACCUGUCAAGUUUAAAGCAGCGCACAGCUUCAAAGCGCCGUUUGACUUUGAUCAGAUUAAAAUGGUCCAGGAUCUAAGCGGAGAACACAUGGGAGCUGUGUGGACCAUGAAGUUUUCACACUGUGGGCGCCUACUGGCAACGGCUGGCCAAGACAAAGUUGUGCGCAUAUGGGUUUUAAAGAAUGCGUGGGACUACUUCAAGAACAUGAGAAUAAAAUACAACACGGAAGGUCGCGUGUCUCCAUCACCGUCACAAGAAAGCUUGAGUUCUUCAAAGUCCGAGACCGACACGGCCUACAGCGGGACUGAAGAUUCUGAUCCUGAAGACAAAAAUGCACCGUUCAGGCAGCGGCCGUUCUGCAAAUACAAGGGACACACUGCUGAUCUUCUGGACCUGUCCUGGUCAAAGAACUACUUUCUGCUGUCGUCUUCCAUGGACAAAACAGUGCGUUUGUGGCACAUCUCCAGGAGGGAAUGUCUGUGUUGUUUCCAGCACAUCGACUUUGUCACCGCUAUAGCCUUCCACCCACGGGAUGACAGGUACUUCCUCAGUGGAUCUCUGGAUGGGAAACUGCGUCUGUGGAACAUCCCUGACAAGAAGGUGGCUCUGUGGAACGAGAUCGACGGACAGACAAAGCUGAUCACUGCAGCAAACUUCUGCCAGAACGGCAAAUACGCCGUGAUCGGCACGUACGACGGCCGAUGCAUCUUCUACGACACCGAGCACUUGAAAUACCACACACAGAUACAUGUCCGCUCAACGAGAGGCAGAAACCGAGUUGGCAGGAAAAUCACUGGCAUCGAGCCCUUGCCUGGUGAAAAUAAGAUCCUUGUGACCUCCAAUGAUUCAAGAAUUCGCCUGUACGAUCUUCGAGAUUUAUCCAUUUCAAUGAAAUAUAAAGGGUACAUGAACAGCAGCAGCCAAAUCAAAGCAAGUUUCAGUCAUGAUCACACGUAUAUAAUGAGUGGAUCAGAAGAUAGUUACUUUUAUAUUUGGAGCACUUACCAUGAUGUCAGCAAGUUCACAUCGGUUCGCAGAGAUCGGAAUGACUUCUGGGAAGGAAUUAAAGCCCAUAAUGCAGUUGUAACUUCAGCAAUCUUUGCACCAAAUCCCAGCCUGAUGCUGUCCGACAGCCCACAGGCAGAGAAAGCAGAGGGCGAUGGCUUAAGUAUUAAUACAGAUAAUAUACCUUCUGGUGCAUUGAAAGCGGACAUCACUGAAGUAUUAUUAUCAGCUGACUUUACCGGUGCCAUCAAAGUCUUCAUGAAUAAGAAGAAGAAGAACGACUAACUUCUCUUUGGCUUUGUAUUGAAACUAAACUCGGGAAUAUUAUGUUCAAUUUCAAACUCUUGGCUUGUUAUUUAGAUGAGUGCAGAAACCGAGGCAUUGCAGUGAGCAGCUCACCCAUUGCUCUGGCCCUCGGUAGUUAGCGUGGAGUUGGCUUGGUGGAGGAGAUGUGUCACGGUGGUAAGUUGCUGGUUACUGAGUAGGAAUCUCCAGGAAGACUUGUAAAUACCUUUACAUACGGGACAUGGCCGGAAGUCCGAGUUCCUAAUUGUCCACAAUACAGUCGUGUUUGUGUUUAGGGUUUGUAUGUCUGUGCAAGUUCUGCUCUGGGAAUGGGGUCUUCAGUCUUCAGCUUCAAAGAAUAGAAAUGUAGUCCCAAGGUCAUAGUGUGGCUUGGAAGCUGGUUUAAACAUAGCUCUGGUGGACUUGUGCAAAGUGUAUUGAGAACAAAUUACUUUACUAAUGAAUGCUGUGUAAAGAAGUUCAUUUUAGUUUGUGGCUGAACGCGUUCAACGGAAAUUAUUAAGUGUAUGCUGUUCACUAGAAAUAGGUGUUCUGUUUUAAAACUGAUGCCACCACUGUGGAAAGUAACUUCAGUUCCGUGGUUGCAUCCACAGAGAGGAGGGGGGAACAACUUAUUGUGAGACGGGUUGCUUCGCAGAAUGCAAAGACACAGACAGCCCAGUCACACGCCUCCUUCACGUGCCGUUCCUCUUCUACGUCACUCUACCGCACCGCCUCAUGGUCCUGUGUUGACGGACGAUUUUAUUUUAUUGGAACUGGGCAGAAUGAAUGUUUGGCCAGUCUUUUACUGCGUUGUGUUAUAUUGAGAGAAUUUAUGUUCAGUGUGUACAAAAGAAUGUCUUGAAAUUGAAUUAUUUUUUUUUGUGGUGGAGAAAAUGUAUCAUUGCACCACGUGGCUCUUGAAGGGGAAAGGCCAGUGUACAUACCAAUGAAAUAACAUUUCUGGCUUGCUGCAGUUGGCAAAUGUUAUUGAUGGUGUCCAGGUUUGAAGUAACGUGUGAAUAAAGGAUGCUCCAGCAAACUG